AUGCAGCGCGUCGCUACGCAGCUCCUGGCGCUGUCGCCGGAGCUUGUCGAACCCAUCAUCGCUGACCUGCCACUUCACAAGGCGCUGGAAAUCCUUUCAGUGCCUUCUGAGUCAUCUCAGGUGCAGGAGAGUCUAUCAGUAACCGGCCAGCUAAGCCCACUGGCCUACAUCUUCAUUCAGAGUCCCGCUUGGAGACACGUGUUCACGUCAGAGGAAAGGACAAAAAGGCUCUUACUUAUCUGGGAAGCGAGUAAGAGCUUCUUCUUGCUGCAAACUGGGCGAUCGUACGUGCACUUGCUGAAGUCACAGGAGUAUGGCUGGCGGAGAAGCGAGCUGCUGAGAGCAGGCGCUGACCAACUCCAGGGCUCUGAGGUCCUUGAUCAAAUGAGCAAAGGCCUGUUCAAUCUGGUCCCAGGCUUGGAUGUAAAACACAAAGAUGGGGGAAGAAUCGUGCCGUCUAAUGCCUACUUGAAAGCAGUGUUUGCGCUCUUAGGGGAUCCCAAAGAUCGUUAUGGGUCCGACCACGAGCGGAACCUUCACGUUCAUGCAUGUUUUCGCAAAACAUACGACAUUCACGGCGGAGAAUGGGACCCGAAAGACUUCCUGGCGAUGGUCAAGCCACUGCAUCAAGCUUGGGAGCUGCUGAAAAGCCUCUGGGCCACAGAGCUGGAGUCCCUCGCUGAUUUACAUGAGCGGUUUCCGACGAUGUUGAAGGCGGCAUUUGCGCCUCAGUUGGCGCACACCCCAUUGAAUGUCCGGCAUAUGUCACAAAAGCUCAGAUUUGUCGCUAAACAGAUUCCCAACCGAUGUCUGAGGGAUGCGAUUGGAUCCCGCAAGCCAGGCUCAGAUUCCAGUUAUUUUAGUUUCCCUCAUCACUACCUUUUACCGUAUGAUUGGUGCUUGAGACUCUUCAUAAUUGUUCUUCAGGAUAAGAGACUAGAGAUCCCGCGCACGCUGGCUGCAGACGUGAAUCGGGCCAGUGCGGGCUUGGAUUUUAUUCAUGAACAUUCUGGCGACGGAAAGCAGUAUCCAAGAUUUCGAGGCAGCAAGGAUGACGCCAAGCACAUGGAACUAAUUGUGUAUUACGACAAAGACACUGUUAGGCCAACUCCUAUCGCUGAAUUAGAAUGGCUUAAGUCCUUUCUCUUAGUAGUCAAGUGGAUGACGGAGGAGUAUCUAGCUCUUGCGGGUGACUUACGCCAACCUGUUGCUCGUAUCUACAGAGUAGCAAAAGGGAGAGGCCAGAAAAAACUGCUCUUUGAGCCAUCCGAUUAUGAUCGGUUUGCCGACGCCAUACCGGCCGCUGAGGUUGCCAUUUACCUUAAAAAGGACCUGAAUUUAGCUUCCCGGCCACUCGAUGCACAGGAUGAUCAUUGCUUGCCUAGCCUGCUCGCUUUUCAUAUGCCCGACUUCUCAUCGAGGCAGGCUCAGCAGAUUGCAGCACAUCUUGUGCCCAGGCAAGGGCUGGCAGUUGAGCUUCAGCAGGUUGUGUAUGAGAACACCAUUGAGAAGAUUCAACGACAUUUUCAGAAGAGACCGCCCCCCCCCAGAGGAGUCUCAGAUGGGGAGUCAUUGGUGCACCAGGUUCUCGAAAAUAACCACAGAGGUGGCGCUGUACAUACAGUAAAGGCAUCGCCAGGCACCUGGUGGUCAAGUGUUGUGAAGCGAUACGUCGAUGUUGUACCAAGAAAACCUCGUAGUUUAUCUUGCUACAUCUGCCGACAUAGCAUGUCCGAUAAGCGUGGAUUUCACCCCAUCUUCUUGGCCAUGUGCAAAGCUUGUGGCGACUUCAAUUUGGCCGGGUCGCGCAUGUCACUUCCCGAGAUGCUGGACCUCAGAGGAAAGACGGCACUUGUCACUGGAGGUAGAGUCAAUCUAGGGUUCUACACAGCUUUGAGAUUGCUCCGUUGUGGUGCCAGGGUCAUCGUUUCAUCUCGAUAUCCCCACGACACACUUGUUCGGUACCAAAGGCAGCCCGACUCCGACAGCUGGAUAAACAACAGACUGCGUAUUGUCGGGGCCGACUUCCGUACUGCGCGCGAUGCGUUUGCACUGGCCGCGGAGGUGAAGAGCAUACUGGAGGCUUGGUCAACCGGAGACUCGACCAAGCCAUUGCUCGACAUCCUGAUCAACAACGCCGCGCAGACGCUUACGGACGGCGAAACAAAGGAAACAAUAGCUGUCCACAGGGAGAGCAGUUUACACGUGUCUUUGCCCACCCAUCCCGCUUUACCGGCGACGUCAUAUACUCCUCGUAUUGGAGGCGGUGUGCCGGAUGGCUUCCUGGAGGGAAGGACUCAGGAGGCUCUUCCUCCAGCAAACACCUCCGCUUCAGCUAUUCAGCCUGUGCCCGAGAAGUCAUCUUGGGUGCAAGAUAUGUCUGAAAUUCCCUACGCAGAUGUCGUCACAGCACAGGCAGUCAAUGCUUUUGUGCCGCUAAUCCUAAUCCGAGAACUUCUGCCAGUCAUGUCUCACGGCGGAAUCAGGGAGCAACAAUCAGGCCACAUAAUCAACGUUUCUUCGCGGGAGGGUAUCUUUGAAGCGAGUCGGAAUCACUCGGCCAAGAAGGGCACACAUGUCCAUACUAACAUGUCCAAGGCAGCGCUGAACAUGAUCACGGAAACCGAGGCCGGGCCGGCGUGGAGGAGCCACGGUGUAGCCAUGAACACGGUAGACCCGGGGUACAUGAGCGCGUCGCCGGAGAUGGAGAAUCUGUUUGGUGGUGUGCGGCCUCUGAGCUGGGAGGACGGGGCUGGGCGAGUGCUCUGGCCAGUGGCAAUGGCAUUUGGCGAGGAGAAGACGGUGAUCUGGGGCCGGUUCCUAAAGCAUUACGGCACCGUGAGUGUUACUGCAGGUCUGCGGUAG